GGAAAGUGUCGGGCUGAAUGGGUUUGGGACAUUUUUCUAAAUGCCAUAGGAGGCAUAUACUCUCAGUGUCCUACCCUCAGAGCCUUUUAGGAUGGGUGCGGGGCUGCGACACCUCUGCUGUCGAACCCCAGGCACAGGGUUCCAGUGACCAUGAGAUCCCUGCGGCUGCUCAGCACCCCCUUCCUAUACGGCCUGCUAUGGGCCUUUUGUGCUUCAGGUGCCAGAGCCCAUGAGCCUGGGGCCAACGCCGUCCAUCCCGGCAGUGCGGGGCUGGAUAAGCACACAGUGCACGACCCAGAGCAUAUCAUGGAGCAUCUUGAAGGUGUCAUUAACAAACCAGAGGCGACGAUGUCCCCACAAGAACUACAGCUUCAUUAUUUCAAAAUGCAUGACUACGAUGGCAAUAACUUGCUUGAUGGCUUAGAGCUCUCCACAGCCAUCACUCACGUGCAUAAGGAGGAUGGAAGUGAGCAGGCACCACUAAUGAGCGAAGAUGAGCUGAUUAACAUAAUAGAUGGUGUUUUGAGAGAUGAUGACAAGAACAACGAUGGGUACAUCGACUAUGCUGAAUUUGCAAAAUCACUGCAGUAGCGCUUACUUGGCCCUCUAGUUAUAUCCAAAUGUGACCUGUGAUAUGUGAUGGAAUGCUUGGUAACACGAAAUAACUCACUUGCAACCACUGCUGCAGCAUUUUGAUAAAAGUCUGUAGCAGUUUGUUACACUGGGGUGACAGAAAAAUCAAGACGAACGGGGCAUCUUGUAGUCCCUAAGUGCUAUUGUACCUCUCAUUGGACAAAGGCUUACUUAAUGAAACAGCUCUUUCAAGGGUGUUGAAGAAUUGGAGCCAAGCACUCAGGAACCUAACUUUAAAACUCUGCUCGUUUCUUGACUUUGAUUCGCAGUACCUGGAAAGUAAGACAAAAAGCUUUGCCAAGGGGACACGAUUUUCAGUAAUAGGGAAGGAAGGGCCAGUGUGAGUCUCCCCUGUGGGAUACUCACACAGCAUGGCUGGUGUUUGCAAAACUCCCAUGGCCUAGAUGAGCACCUGCUUGGGGCGAGUAGCUAUUUAUUAGGCUGUGUCAAAGCACAGCAUAAGAAUGUCAAAUACUGGGUCCAGCUGACUGCAGAGUCUAAGA